UCUCCUCAAGUGUUUUAGGAACAACUUUUUAAAACACAAUAUUGAAUGUCCAGAAAAUUUUUCAAUACAUGGAACAACAGGACUGGCAAAAUGGAAGCAUAUCCAAGACUUUUUUUAAAGUGGACAAUAAAAAUCCCAAUUUCGUAUUCGCACCUGCACUCACAGAACAACAUAUUAAUCCAAAUGGGAAGCAAAAAAUGAAAGUGAAGUUAGCAGCACAAGUUUUAAGUCAUUCGGUUGCUGCAGGAUUGUUUGCUAAAGUGUCUUCAAAUCACAUUUCCCCUGAUGUUGUAGUUACAGCAACACUCAUCAGCAAAAUAGAUUCUAUUUUUGAUGCAUUAAAUGCUGAAAGUCCAGAUUUAAAAAGAGGGAAGAAAUUUUCAUCAAAUCUCAGUAAAUCAAGUGGACAUUUAGAGCUAUUCUCAGAAUUAAAAACAUUUUUUAAGAAUGUUAAAUUUAUUGGGGCUUGUGUGUACCCCUCCUUCGGCCAAUGGGUGGAUACGAACAAUUGGGGCUGUAGAAAGGCUUUGGCAUAAUUUGCAAAAAUUAAAAAUACUGGCAAUUUCUACCCGAAGACUAA